AGGGCUUCUGUGAGGCAGGCGACAGCUCAGUAUAAGCCAAGUCUUGAAGGAAUGUGGGCUCAGACAAGGGGAGGGGGGCUCAAGCAAAGCCCAGGAACAAUGGCGCCAGUGGCUCGGGUCAGCUUUGUCCUUGUCAUCCUCCUACUCUCCAUGCCGCCCAUCAGUCCAGGAACACUGAAGAGGCAGGUGCCAGUGGAAGCUGUAAAGCUGAAGAGCCAAGGAAAGGACUGCUCCCAGAUCUGGACAGACAAUCCACAGUCCCCAAGCGGCAUGUAUGUCAUCAAGCCAGUCGGGGCCUCCAAUGCCUUCCGGGCUUACUGCGACAUGGGAGAAGAUGGCGGCUGGACGGUCUUCCAGAGGCGGACAGGGGGCAAUGGCAGGCCUUUGACAUUUGACAGAGUCUGGCAGGAGUACAAGCAUGGCUUUGGGGAUGUGGAAGGUGAACACUGGUUGGGCCUGUCUAAACUUUACUCCCUGACGCACCAGCCUGGCACCCGCACCCAGCUGAAACUGGAUUUACGCAACUUUAAAAAUGAGAGCGGCCAUGCCCUGUAUGACUCCUUCCAGAUCGGUAAUGAGUCCAGUUUCUACACCCUGAACCUGGGCAGAUACUCUGGAAAUGCAGGAGAUUCCUUCCGUGGUGAAAAUUGGAAAGGAGCAGCAUCCCAAGUGGGCAGAGCCUUCAGUACCCUGGACAGGGACCAUGACUCCUGUGACCCGUGCGGCAGUGGUAACUUAGCCUUCAAUCAAUGCAGUGAACAGAGUGGGGAUGCAGGCUGGUGGUUCAGUGACUGUGGCGUGGCCAACCUCCAUGGUGACUGGCACGCUGAGGGGGACAACAAAGGCUGGAGUUCUGACAUCCACUGGGGAACCUGGAGUCCAGUGGAAUCCCUAAAGGCCACUGAGAUGAAGGUGAAAACUGUGAUGACAGCAACCAAGGCUUAAGCGCCAAGGGCCCUUCCAGCUGCCCCAGGACCCGCUCAGAAGCAUGGAGUACCCAGAGAGCCAAUCCAAGGGAGACUAGGGGUAACUGUGGUGAUCUAAAGGGAAUGAGAAAUUGGGGGCAGGGCCUGGUGGGCAGGAUGGGCACACAGUGUCUGCUGUAGGUGUUGGGGAAAUGAUCAAUAAAAAUGGAGAU